UUCUCCUCUUCCUUAAUUGAGCUUUCAUUUACUCUCCAAUGCAAGCAAAGGACGUCCGGGAGUUACGAAAGGACGUUGCCAAAGAGCGCGAAGAAAAUGCACCAGAAACGCUAAAUUGCAGCCUAAUUAAUUGGUCACUAAGUAAGUAUUGAUGACCUCUCCCAUUAUAAAUUGAGAUCUUUGAAUCGCGUAAUGUGCUUACUGGCUCACCUAUAGGGUGUGGACAAUGGCUUCAUCAUUCUUCUACCAUCUGUUGGCCUUCAUCCCUUUCCUUCUCCUCGUUUCUUUCUCAACUUCUCAGGCUUCUAGUCUGAACUUGAGCUGCGCUUCUGAACCACCAGCGACCGAGAUGCUUGUGUUUCCUAGCGAUGUGCCUCUGCUGGAAUUCCCUCUUAAUCUGGAGCACCUAGAGGCAGACUUUUUCCUCUAUGGCGCCCUUGGGAGGGGACUGGAUGAGCUUGCACCAGAGCUGGUCAUGGGGGGUCCUCCACCCGUAGGAGCACGGAAGGCGAACCUUGACCCUCUCACCAGAGACAUCAUUCUACAAUUUGGGUAUCAGGAGAUUGGUCACCUCAGGGCCAUUAAAGAGACGAUUCGUUGGUUUCCUAGGCCUCUGCUGGAUCUGAGCCCCAGCAAUUUUGCUCGCGUAAUGGACGAUGCGUUUGGCUUCCAACUUAGUCCUCCAUUUGAUCCUUAUGCCAACAGCAUCAAUUUUCUCCUGGCUACUUACGUCAUACCUUACGUUGGGCUCACCGGUUACGUGGGUACAAACCCCAAUCUCAAGGGCCACUAUUCCAAAAGGUUAGUGGCAGGACUGCUAGGCGUGGAGUCUGGGCAGGACGCCGUGGACAGAGGCUUGUUAUACGAGAGGAAGCAGCAGCAGGUUGAGCCCUACAACAUGACGGUGGAAGACUUCACCGAUCGGAUCUCCAUCCUCAGAGACCGUCUCGGCGGCUGCGGCGUCAAGGAUGAGGGGCUGACUGUUCCUCGCGAGCUUGGAGCAGAGGGCAGAAUUCGCGGCAAUAUCCUGUCCGGUGACAUGCACUCUCUGUCCUACGCCCGCACUCCGGCGGAAAUCCUGAGGAUCGUGUAUGGAACGGGCAGCGAGCGUGUGCCUGGCGGCUUUUUCCCCAAAGGAGGCAAUGGCAAGAUAGCACGAUCCUAUCUACAGCACCAUUAGGGGGCCGGGAGAGAACAAUUUCUUGCCGUGCUGCGGCAGUGUUUCGCUAUAAAUAAGAGUUGAUUGCUGUUUUGUGUGUGUGUGUGUGCGUGAGAGGGCAAGAGAGAGAGUCUUUCGAAACUUGUUUGCUGACUUAGAGAAAGCAGUCAGAGAGGGAAAUGCGUGGGAUUAUGUUUCUUUUGCAGAAAACGUAUCAGGACAGGACAUCUAAUCUAAUUGUUCUCUGCUUCUGUGAAGGUCUUUUGUAUAUCGAGCCAACCCGCAAGCUUGCAAAAAAAUACCAGUUUUUCCUUUUC